AUGGCGGAUGUACGAUCCCUUCUCCGAAACGAACUAGCCUCGCGCAAGGGCACGUCGCCAAACACCACGGGAAAUCGCGUCACCAAGAAACGCAAGGUCGAUAAUAAUGAUGGCGUGAUGCGAAAGAAAUUACGAUCAACAAGCUUAGAAUCUGUCACCCCGUCAGACGCGCCAGCGGACCCAUCACCGAGGAGUGUUGAGGACCCUACGACUAGCGAGAUACUGGAGCCUGUGGAAGAGGAUGGUGUCGCUGGACCGGAUCUCCCCGUUGACGAAGUCGAAGAGGAUCCUGCACUUUCCCAACAACCAUCAGAUCAAGCAGCAACAACCUCAGCGCCAACACAAGAGGUCCCUGGGACCGUGGACGAAGAUGAGUGGGCUGCAUUCGAACGAGAGGUAGCCGAACCAAGCCGAAUGCCAGAGGCACCAGCUGCCCUUUCCGCGGCGGCCACAAUAUCCGCUGCACCUGUUUCCGCAGAUGAACUCGCAGUGCAGCAAGAAAAAGACAACGCAACUACGUCACGAACCCGCGAAGCAGAGUUGGAGGGUGACCGCGAGGAUGCGGCACGGUUUAUGGAAGAAGAAUUCGAUGAGAUGGAUCAACUUGAGGAACGCGUCCGCAGAUUGAAACAUAUGCGUGAAGAACUAAGAGAGAAACGUGCGCGCGAUGAGGCCCAGGACCGUCCUAUGGUUUCUGAGGAACCCCGUGCAGAGGAAAGCGACAGUGACGACGACGACGAAGACGAAGAUUGGGACGAUUGGAGAUUCAAAUGA